AUGAACGGCGGCGGCGCCACAGCCACGGCAGCUGCCGCCGCCGCCGCCGCGCACUUCCAGCCGCCGCCUCCGCCUGCCCCGCCGCAUCUCCAUGGGCCGAGCCUGCCCGAGUUGGGCGCCCGCAGCCAAGGCAGAGGGAGCCCCGCCGGACACGGGCACCCCAGGGCCCCGCCGGGAGCCAGGGCGCCCGCGCCAGGUGGUGUUGGUGCUUCCUUCCAGUGCCAGUUAAUCCAUCAAGACCACAUCUGUACUGAUGACAGUGACAAGAGUGAAGAUAGUCCAAGUCCCAAGAGACAGCGCCUUUCUCAUUCAGUCUUUGACUACACAGCAGCAUCACCAGCCCCAUCACCGCCAAUGCGACCAUGGGAGAUGACAUCAAAUAGGCAGCCUCCUUCAGCUCGACCAAGCCAACAUCACUUCUCAGGGGAACGAUGCAACACACCUGCACGCAACAGAAGGAGCCCUCCCGUUAGACGCCAGAGAGCAAGAAGAGAUCGAUUAUCUCGACAUAAUUCCAUUAGUCAAGAUGAGAACUACCAUCUCCCCUACGGACAACAACAAGCAAUAGAAGAACCCCGAGCCUUCCACCCUCCGAAUGUAUCUCCCCGUAUGUUGCACCCAGCUGCUCAUCCACCACAGCAAAACGCAGUGAUGGUUGACAUUCAUGAACAGAUCCACCAGGGCACAGUCCCUGUUUCAUACACGGUGACUACGGUGGCACCACAUGGGAUUCCACUUUGCACAGGUCAGCACAUACCAGCUUGCAACACACAGCAGGUCCCUGGGUGUUCCGUGGUUUUCAGUGGACAGCAUCUCCCUGUCUGCAGUGUGCCUCCCCCAAUGCUUCAGGCAUGUUCUGUUCAACACUUACCAGUUCCAUAUGCGGCAUUCCCACCUCUCAUUUCUAGCGAUCCGUUUCUUUUGCAUCCUCCACACCUCUCCCCACAUCAUGCUCCACACCUGCCACCUCCAGGCCAGUUCGUUCCCUUUCAGACACAACAGUCACGGUCGCCUCUUCAAAGGAUAGAGAACGAAGUAGAGUUGCUUGGAGACCAUCUUCCUGUAGGAGGUUUCACCUAUCCGCCUUCAGCCCACCCACCAACAUUGCCUCCCUCAGCCCCGCUACAGUUCUUAACGCAUGACCCUUUGCACCAAGAGGUGUCCUUUGGAAUACCUUACCCGCCUUUCAUGCCUCGAAGACUCACAGGACGCAGCAGAUAUCGAUCUCAACAGCCAAUACCGCCACCUCCUUACCAUCCCAGCCUAUUGCCAUAUGUGCUAUCAAUGCUUCCAGUGCCACCUGCAGUCGGCCCAGCCUUCAGUUUUGAGCUGGAUGUAGAAGACGGCGAGGUGGAAAACUAUGAGGCACUGCUGAACUUGGCCGAAAGACUGGGAGAGGCCAAACCGAGAGGACUGACGAAGGCAGAUAUUGAACAACUUCCAUCUUACAGAUUCAACCCAAAUAACCAUCAGUCAGAACAGACUCUGUGUGUAGUGUGCAUGUGUGACUUUGAAUCAAGGCAACUACUUAGAGUUUUACCGUGUAACCAUGAGUUCCAUGCCAAGUGUGUCGAUAAAUGGCUUAAGGCAAAUCGUACUUGCCCCAUCUGCAGAGCUGAUGCUUCGGAAGUGCAUCGUGACUCAGAAUGACCAGUCUAAGAGCACAAUUCUACUUUGGGUGUUCCUAGUCACAUGUGUAUAUAUAUAUAUGAACUCUCCAUUGAACUUAACCCGUGUGGCUUCCAGCCUUCCCUUUACACAAAAGGGUCAAUGGACCUUUCUUUGCACUGUGUGAUUUAAUCAACUAUAAAGCUUAUAAUUAGUCUUCACAAUUAUGGGAUUGUUAUACUAACUGUGUGAUUGGAACUCCAAAGACUUUUUUUUUCUUUUAGCUUAAUUUCGUGUGUGCACUAACAUUCCCUGGUUUUUGUGUGAUCAUUCCGAGUGUUGCUGCGAGAUUACAGUGGAACGUGAUCUUCUAGCAUGUGCUUUUAUAUUAAAAAAAGAAGAAGUGGUAGCUCCAAACAAUAUAGCAAUCUACCUUAUAUAGAGCCUUCAGAUACUGUGAGUGGGAAUAAACGGUGCGGGUGGGUGCGUUGAUCGCAGGGUGUUUGUGUGUGUGUGGGCGAGCAAGUGUUUGGGCGGUAGUGUGUGAGAGGACUUAUAUACCAGCAUGUACUGAGGAUGUAUGUGUGUAGUAUUAAUUAUGCUGCAAUGUAUAAUCUUGUGUGUUAUUUAAACAGUACUAGUACUGUACACUGGUUUCUUUCCUUGCGUUUGCAGUUGCACACUGAAUGCUAUAAGGGUGCAGCAGUUAUAGACAUUUGAUAUUUCAUCCCCGCCCCCCUCCAAUUGUAUUUAAUAGUACAAAAAGGCCUUUUUGCUUUUAUUCAGACAACAAUUAUGCUUCCCUUUAAUUGGAGAUCCUAUGUCUGUCAUUAUACAGCAUAUUGCUUCCUCAGUUACUACAAAUAACAAAUGAGCCUUUUCUCUCUUUUUUUAAGGCUGCGAGAAUUUUUCAGGUUUUUGAGAUUUGCAGCUCAUUGCUAAAUUUAUAAUGCGUUGCAGCAUUGCACAGCCAGGUAGCAAUAUUAAAAAUUUCUCAACUGGUGAUUGAAAGUUGAUGCUGUCCUCUCUUAACUUUCUAAAAACUCUUCCAAGCCAACAUUGGUUCUUUUUCUGUUCACUUUCAAAACUGGAUUAUUAUUAUUAUUAUUUUUUGAGAUACUGAAGAUAUCAUUUCGUUUGUUUUCCAGUUUUGUCCAUAGAUACAGAAAUGGAGAGGAUGUUGGAGUCUCUGCAAAUGCUUCUUGUAUUGUUGGCAAUAUACUUGCUUAAAUCCCAGUUUAGCUUACAAACACUGGCACUAAGUCACAUUCCUUGCCAUACGCAAGCAAACAUCUACAAUUAAAAUAACUUUAAAGGUAUCCAUUCUCUCUCUUUUCCUUUUUAAAAGCCUCAGUCUCGUGAACAAAAUGAAAUCCUUAGCACUUUCUUCAAGACAGAGUACAGUCGUACCUUGGAUCUUGAACGUCUUGCGACUCAAACGUUUUGGCUCCCGGAUGUCGCAAACCCGGAAGUGACUGUGAACGUUCUUUGGAAGCCGAACAUCUGAUGCAACUUCCGCGGCUUCCAAUUGGUUGCAGGAAGCUCCUGCAGCCAAUCGGAAGCCGCGCCUUGCUUGUCGAAUGUUCUCAGAAGUCAAACGGAUUUCCGGAACGGAUUCUGUUCAACAACCAAGGUACGACUGUAUAUGAUUUUAACCACCCUAGCCAUGGUACCGUGUUAAUAUUUUACUGCCUGGCAAAAACGACACAGGAUACAAUUUCUUGCUUGCUAAAUUUACUUGGUGGCAGGCUUUUGUGUGGCGUUGAGACAUCCUCAGUGUCCUAUUAGUAUGAGGAAUAUUCACGUUCAAGAAUGGGCUGAUACACAAAAUCAAGGAAACAAACAAACAAAAUGCUGUGAAUUUGGAGUUGACCUCCUUUCAACUGCCUUCUGAAUAAUUUUGUAUUGGGGGAAAAUUGGCUUUGCUUCACAUUUCAGACUUGGCAUUUUUACACUUUCUUUUUCAAUACACAACAUGGCUACCGUAGUUCUCCCAAGAGCUGCACAUUUCUUUGUGGAUCCUUUGCGUUUCUCUUGCAUUCUGUGCGCCAUAGUUUGUGGUCGCAACAGCACAAGCGCCACAGCUAGCAAUAUUGCUGCAACCUGCUGCCACUUGGCUUUAAGUUUGUGCCCUUUUUGAUGCUUUUUUCUUUCUUUUUUUGGUAUGCUGCUAUGUGUUAAGUCUGUUUAUUCGUCCAGGAACGGUGUUGGUUGUAAAUCACCCUUCUUUCCGAAGGCUCUGCUGACCAAUCGCAGCUUGUGGUUUUGCAAAACUAAAAGCACAAUCCCCCCCCCCACUUUGUUUCAGAUACUGUUUGCCUCGGUUUAGUAGCUAGGCACCUUAGUCUAUCCAUAGUGUCAAGAAAUCAAUGUUAACGAAGCAAAUGGAACAGUUUGACAUACUGUGUAUGACAGCUUUACAAUUAUUAGUUUCCCCCCUCAGUGUGUGCUAUAAGGAAUCGCCGGAACAUGUCAAAAAGGUUAAAUUGCACAUAGUAAACUUUAUUUUUUUAAGCAAACAAAAUCAUGGGUUGGGGAGGUUGGGGAGAAGCAUUGCCACACAUGUUUUACAAUACUUUUGGGUCUUUUUUUAUAUUGCUGGACAAAAGAAAAGAUUUUUACAAAUCGAAUCGUAACACUACCCCACUCUCUGUCCACUGUCAAAGCAUAGAAAUAAGGCACUUUCUCUGUAACAGACUAACAAGGCACAUAAACACUAAUUCUGAGAAGGGGGGACCUGGGCGCUGAAUCUGGAUCCAUAUUCCAGUGGGGCAUCUUGUCCCUCGAUUCCCAGUUUCAUUUGAGCGAGGCUGUUGGCGGAGGGAUGGGGCUGCAGUAGGGACUACUUUUGUAGUAUACUGGACUUACAUUAUUGCACUCCUGUGGCUGAUCUCUUCUUUGAACGACUUUUGUUUGCCUGGGACUCUUGCAGAUGUGUGCAGAUAUGCUUCCUGUGGUUAAGUGUCUGUAAGACACACAUGUGCAUGUGUUCUCAACCAGCUCUGGCCGGCUGCAGGGGAGUUCUUAACACAUUGCUCCCGGCAGAAGAGAAGAGCAUUCAUGCUCAGCCGUUAACUGCCAUGCAUAACGCACCAUUUGUGUGUGUCUAAUUCCACAGCCCUCAGUGGUGCCUAAGAGCACCCAAUUGUUUUGGGUAGCCUUUGUCCCCUUAUCCCUACCUCUCCCACUAAAGGAAGAAAAGAAAAGUUGGCUUUAUCAUGUUGGCACUGCUGGGGUUUUAUUUGCAUGAAUUGUCAACUUAAUUUGACCUUCUGUCUUUUUUAAAACAAUAAAAAAAUGGGUAUAAAGGCCUUAUGGAUCUCUCUAAGGUCUCACUUUGUGGCUUUCUUUACAGAUUUAUUUUGUGUAAAGUAAUUUCUUUUGUAUAGAGUUUUGUACAGUCUCCAGAAUGUGAUAUUUGUCGCCGCUGUUAACAUUUACACCUCUUGUAAUAUUUGGGAUUUACCAACUCCUUUUAUUUUGCUUUCCAAAAAACACCUUGCAAUCUUGGUUACUAUUAAAUGGCCUAAGAGAGCUGUGGAUCUCUUUCACCUUCUCUCCCUUCUUUGGUACCUUCAGUUACCUCAUUUUGCUAUUUUGUGUUGCAAACCUGCUAAUGAUUAUGAAAGCUUAUGGGUUUUGUUAGAAUCAUAUUUGUCAAGUGUUUUCUUCAAAAAAAAUCAUACUCCAUUGUAUCAUUUAACAUGUAGUUUUAAAUGUAUUAUAAAUAUCUGUAACCAAAUCAUUUGAAGGCUUGAUAAAUUUUUAACAAAAUUUGUACAUUUUUUAUGAGAGUUACUAGUAAUGCUUUACUAAGUAGUGCAAUGAAUUUUUAUUUUUAAUCCCUGUGCCCAAUUUUGGAGUUGAGAGGGUUGUUCAGUAAUAAAUGUAUGAUGUACACUUAUACAA